AUGGAGGGUGGCGGGGCGGCGGGAGCUGGGCGGACAGUGAGUCAGCCGGCGCGCCGCGCAGAGGGCGCGCGCGUGCCGUGCGUGACUGGGCGGCGCGACGCGGCGCGACGCGGCGUGGCGUGGUGUGGCGUGGGCUGUGCAGAGAUCAAGGUCGAGAGGGCGUCCGGCUUCUCAGGAAGAGAGAGUCUUCGCCCCCUGCUAUCGGAAGAGCACGAAAAGUGUGCAUCUGCGACUGGUGACGAUAAGGGUAUGCGGAAGAGGCAGCUUGAGCUAGCUGCACAAGAAGGCGAUGUUUGCUGUGCUUUAUCUCCCAUACCUAGCGUUCAGCCUGAGGUCUUGAAACCUGUUUUACGCGAAUAUUUGAAGGCGAAGGAAGUUUCAAAUAGUGUGAAUACUAAUUUUUUCCCAAAGAAUUCUAUUAUAACAAUCCAUAUUAUUCUAUUAUAA